AUGACUCUUUCAUUUUACCCCACAAUACAGAGGUACAGUUCCAACAUUACGUUGGAGUUGGACUUUAACAGGUCAAACAGCAACACGGGAACCACAUAUACCAAUUCUGUGGUCUAUGGAAAUAACCUGAUGCAGAACGGUACAAAUAACCUUAGUACGGUUGAUUACAACCUGCAAUUAAAAUCCAUCGACCAGCAGCCCAUGCAGAUAAACAAUAAUCUCACUGGGAAUACAUUAACUGAUGAUAUUGACAUGGAUAUAGAAAAACAAACGUUACUUAAAACGGGCAAUAAUAAUGAAGACGUAAUGCGAUUGGAUUACGUUAGUUUGAAGAGAAGGUUAUCCAUCUCCGAUUACAACGUCGAUAAACGCAAGUAUUUUGAACUCGAGGAUUUUGACCUGGAUUCGAAUGACAGUGUACUCGAUCAAGCUUACGAAGAAAACUUCAUGCCAGAUACAGAAUUUGAUGGAAUUCUAACUUAUACAUCAGAUUACGAAAUGGAUAUAGUAGAUGACAAUCAAGACGAUGACCCAGUGAUAAACCAAGGUAUCAUAAGAGACCCUGCGGAUAUUGAAUUACCUUUACUGUCCAAUAACGGGAGUUAUCAGAAACGGAAAACAAAAAACUCCUGGAAGUUCAAUCUUUUCAAAUCGACCCCCAAAACAUAUAACGUGAAUGAUAUUGGCAGGAAGGACGCAAGCAAAAAGAGGUCCUGGAAAGACAGCAUAUGGGACAAAUUCAAUAAUAAAUGCAAAGUUGACAACAUCAUGGAUUUGGACGGUGAAACAGAUUCUGAGAGUGUGGACCUUGUUGUCUACGAAACUGAAUUGGGUAAUAAUAAACUUCUUGUCAAUCCUUCAAAGAUUUUUCAAUCCCCUUACUCAAUCAUGACAGAGGAAGAAACACCAUUGCCGAUUGGUAUGGAUUUGAAAAACGAGUUUCAGAGUACCCCAAUAAACAAUUUAAUACCGGCUUCCACAAACGGCCUGGCACCAAAGAUCCGCGGCAGAAAACCCACUUUAAUACCGGACAAUACGAAACAUUACUCCUGCGAAUAUUGUGAAAGGAGAUUCAAGCGACAAGAACACUUGAAAAGACACAUUCGAUCACUACACUUAGGUGCAAAGCCGUACACAUGUCACAUCUGUGCCAGAAAGUUUAGCAGAUCAGAUAAUCUAAAUCAGCACACGAAAACGCACGAACUGUAA